UUGGCUGGUGCAGCGACGACACCACGCCCGCGCCCUCGGCCUCCGCUCGCCCGCCCUCUCUCUCUCUCUCUCUCUCUCCCCCUCGGACGGCGGCCCAAACCUCGCCCUCGAAGAAGAAGAAGGAGGAGGAGGAGGAAGACCUUCCCUCGGGCGUCGGUCUUUUCCGUCUUUGCUUAGAGAGUCAUUCGUUUUUUUUAUUUAAUUAAUUUAUUUAUAUUAAAAAAAAAAUCGUCUCUCACAUUUGAAAACGAAAAAGAAAUAAUUGAUAAAAAAACGGAAAAAGAAACAGGUGAAUUGAGAAGUGCGGUGAGAGAUUUUUAUUUUAAUUUCUUUAAAAGAAAGAGAGAAAAAAAGAAAAGAAAAGAGAGAAAAGGAGAAAUAGAGAAAAUAAAAGAGAAAUUAGUGCGGAGUGAAGCCUCGUGUGAUUCUCGCUUCCGCUGCAAUUUGCCGGUUGCAGGAGGGAGGCGUUGCAGGAUUGGCCGAUGGAGUUCUAGUUCAGAGAAAAAAAGGAAGAAAGAAAGAGGAAAAAUAAAAAAGAGAAGGAAGAAAAGAGGAAGAACGUAAAAACAGAGAAAGAUAGGAAGAGAGAAAAAAAAAGUGAUUUUUUUCGCUGUGCCUUAAAUUCGUGAAAAAGAAAGAAUAAAAGAAAAAGAAAAAGAAAACAGAGAAUUUCUAACUAUCGUGAGAAAAAAAAUAUUAAGAAUAAAUACUAAUAUUUAACAAAUAUUCAUAGUGAUUCUUACGGAGAAACCGAUGUGAAUUAGAAAUAGGAAAAAGGGAAAAAAAGGAAAAUAAAAAAAAGGAAUUAAAAGUUAUGCCGAACAACAGAACUACAUAAAGUGACAGAAAUAAAAAUAAGAAAAAGAUAAUAGAUAAUAACAGACUGUGCGAUUUCCGUCUGACCUUCUGCAGUGCCGUAGUGACCUGUAGUGUGACCUGCGUCGACCUGUGUAGGGGGGGGAAAGUGCUUGCUUGCUUGCGUUUACCUGCAGGCGAUAUGGUCAGAUAACGAUUAUUGAGAGUGCGAUAGUGACAGCGAUGGCGAUGAUGGUGCCCGUGUGCCCGGGGCUACCUCGGGGCCUCUCGUGGCUCCCCGGGGCUGUCCUCCUCCUCGCCGCUUUGGUUCAGGUGGCGGCGGCGUCCGGGCGCUUCGAGCUGGAGGUGGUGGAGGUGCAGAACUCGCAGUCGCAGCUGUGGUCGGGCGAAUGCUGCGGCGGCGCGGCGCGCUCGGCGGCGUCGGAGUGCCCCACGCAAUGCCACACCGCCGUGGCACUGUGCCUGAAGGAGUACCAGAGCACCCAGGACGGAGGCAAGGCGCUGCCGCGGCAGGUCCUGGAGUCGGGCGGCGCGACGUCCAAGGGGCAGAGCGCGGGCGCGGGCGGCCUGGGGAGGUGCACCUACGGCAACGGCACCUCGCCCGUGAUCGGCGGCUCCUCCUUCACCCUCGCCCAGUCGCCGCCCGCCGCCCACAUCCAGCUGCCCUUCACCUUCGCCUGGACGAGAUCUUUCACGCUGAUCCUCGAAGUGUUGGACAUGCGCGCUGGAGUGACGCAGGACGCCCGCCAGGUGAUCGACAUGGCUACCCACAGUGGCAUCCUAGUGCCUGGCGCCGACUGGAACACGCUCACCCACAGCAGCAACGUGACCCGCGUGACCUAUCGCGUGCGUGUCCUGUGUGACCAGAACUACUUCAACACGACCUGCACGAAGUUCUGCCGUCCGCGAAACGACAAAUUCGGCCACCACACCUGCGAUUCGGCCGGGGACAAGGUGUGCCGACCGGGGUGGACCGGCGCCAACUGCGAGACAGCUGUGUGUAAACUUGGCUGUCAUCCUGAACACGGAACAUGUCAAGAACCGGGACAAUGUCGAUGCCGACCGGGCUGGAAAGGCGAGCUGUGCAACGAAUGCAUCCCUUACCCCGGUUGCAAACACGGCAAGUGCGACGGAUCUCCCUGGACCUGCGAAUGCAACCUCAACUGGGGGGGGAUCCUGUGCGACCAAGACCUGAACUACUGCGGCCGCUACCCGUGCCACAACGGCGGCACUUGUGAGAACACGGCACCCGACCAGUACCGCUGCACGUGUCCGGAAGGGUUUUCGGGGCUUAACUGUGAGGUGGUGGAGGACCCCUGUGCCCCAGGUCCCUGUCACAACGGCGGCACGUGCAGGGAGGUCAACGGAGGAUUCCAGUGCACGUGCGCUCCGGGCUGGACGGGCGACACGUGUCAGAGCAACGUAAACGAGUGUGAGACGGAGCCCUGUGAACACGGUGGAACUUGCAUCGACGAAGUGAACGGAUUCUCCUGCAAUUGCACGACAGGCUGGGAGGGAAAUACGUGUCAGUUCGAUCUUUUGUAUCUUGUUUCCUCAGACGUAAACGAGUGUGAGACGGAGCCCUGUGAACACGGUGGAACUUGCAUCGACGAAGUGAACGGAUUCUCCUGCAAUUGCACGACAGGCUGGGAGGGAAAUACGUGUCAGUUCGACUCCGACGAGUGCCAGGGCCGGCCGUGCAUCAACGCCAAGGCGUGCCGCAACCUGGAGGGCGACUACGAGUGCGAGUGCCGCCGGGGCUGGAAGGGCAAGAACUGCAACGUCAACAUCAACGACUGCAACGGCCAGUGCCUCAACGGCGGCACCUGCAUCGACCUCGUGGACGACUACCACUGCGCCUGCUCCAAGGGAUUCUCGGGCAACGGAGGCGAGUGCGUGGACCAGGAGGCCUACUAUCGCUGCAUCUGCCCCGUCGGCUACUCGGGGGCGCAGUGCGAGAUUGACAUCGACCUCUGCAACCCGAACCCGUGCGACAACGAAGCCCCUUGCAUCAAUACCCAAGACGACUACUACUGCCACUGCCCUGAGCAAUGGGGGGGCAAGACCUGCUCCAAGCCGCGGCCAGCCUGUACGCAGCCCCCGUGCCAAGUUGUGGACAGCUGCCUCGUGCCCGAUACCCGCGAACCCGGACCCGUCAAGCUCGUGCCCUCCAACAUCUGCGGCAGACACGGCCGCUGCGUCAGCCACGUCGACGGAAACUUUUCCUGCGUGUGCGUCCCGGGAUUCACCGGACAGUAUUGCCACAUCAAUGUGAACGACUGUGAGACCUCCCCGUGCACGAACGGCGGAACGUGCGUGGACCUCGUGAACGGCUUCCAGUGCGUGUGCGACCAGGGCUGGGAGGGAACCAUCUGCGACCGUGACACGGACGAGUGCGCCGACCAGCCGUGCCGGAACAACGCCACGUGCGUCGACGGCAAGGUGGACUUCACAUGCACGUGUCCGGAGGGGUGGAAGGGGCGCACGUGCUCGUCCACCACGUCCCACUGCGAAGCCUCCACGUGCCAGAACGGCGGAGUAUGCACCGACCUGGGCACGACCUUCAUGUGCCGCUGCCCCGAGGGCUGGAAGGGAACCGCGUGCCAGAUUGCCGAGCGCCGCGCCUGCGACUUGUCCCCGUGCAAGAACGGCGCCACGUGCGUCAACAAGGGCGACGGCUUCACGUGCCUGUGCCAGGACGGGUGGGACGGAACCACGUGCCAGAACAACAUCAACGAGUGCGCCACGUACCCGUGCUACAACGGCGGCCGCUGCCUCGACGGCAUCAACACGCGCGUGUGCAAGUGCGCGCCUGGCUUCGCCGGCCCCGACUGCCGCAUCAACAUCGACGAGUGCGCGUCGUCGCCCUGCGCCUUCGGCAGCACCUGCAGGGACGGCCCCGGCUACUUCCGCUGCGUGUGCCCGCCGGGGCGGUCGGGCCACCGCUGCGACCGUGUCGAGCUCGCCAACGACACGGGCGUCGACGCGCCCAAGCCGUGCUUCUGGGGCGGCGAGCUGCGGCAGCACGGCGCCGUGUGGACGCACCAGUGCAACUCUUGCCAUUGCAGCCACGGCACUGCCUCCUGCUCAGGCGUCUGGUGCGGCCCCGAGAACUGCCUGCGCUCGCGCGACCCCGCGCACUACCCGUGCAAGCCCGUGCAGGUGUGCGUGCCGGGGCCGCCCGAGUGGUGCCUGGCGGGCGCGUGCGAGCCGUGGGGCGAGUGCCGCGACCUGAGCCACGACGCGCAGAAGGUGGCGCCGCCGACCAACCCUGGCCCCGCGGACUGCCAGCCCAACCGCGCCACGCUCAACAACGCCUGCGCGCGCCUCACGCUCGUGCUGGACCGCGCGCGCCUGCACGUGGGCGCCCGCGUGCAGACCAUGUGCCGCGGCCUGCGCGCGGCCUGGGCAGGGCGCCACGGCCACACCGCUGCGCCCUCGCCCGUCAUCCUGUGCGGCCUCGUCGCCGGAACCAACGACACGGUCGAGGUCACGCUGUCGUAUCCUACAGGAGGUCCUCACGGUGACGUCACGGUCGCUGCGAAGACCCUCGGCGAGCUGGUCAGCAAGAGGCUCACCACCGUCAGCGCCCUCACCGCCGUCGUCGAGGUCAAGGUGGAGACGACGGUCGUCAGCGGCGAGAACCCAGGUAUCGCCAACGGGGUCCUGGCGGCCGUGACGGUGGUGCUGGUGGUGCUGGUGGUCCUGGCGGUGGCGGCGCUGGGCUACUGGCAGUGCCGGCGGCGCCACCUGCAGGCGCACCACCGCAACGCCUUCCCGUCGCACUCCUCGCGCCACAAGCUCGCCGAGGACGCCCACGCCGAGAAGUCCAACAACGAGAACGAGGAGAAGCUGUGGCGCUACCACAACCCCCUCAAGACCUCGUCCUUCUGCGGCGGCCCCGGCGACGAGGCGGGGCCCUCCUGCUCGCGCGUGACCCCGCAGGGCCCCGGCGACCCGCGGGUGGCGCCCCUGGGCUCGCCCGUGGGCCUCAUCCAGGUGCCCAAGGCUAGCCUGGCCACGCCCGAGACGGACCUGAGCGACUGCGAGUCCCCGACGCACGGCCUGCCGGCGGCCAUGCGCAAGGUGCAGAACGCCGACGUGGAGCGCAACAUCACCCCGCACGACCCGGCCUGCAAGAGCAUACAGAAGGAGAUCAACCUGAAGGCCAUCUCGCCGAGGGCGGCGGAGGCGGACCACGUGACGAGCGAGGUGGUCGUAUAGCAGAAGGACUUCGGUCCUCCCUCCUGCAGGACCCCAAGCGUGACGUGGGAGGGCGUGCUCGUGUGCGUGCCCGCGGCCCGCCCCUCGCGCCUGCCAUGUUCCCAAGUGCCUAAGCCACGAGUGUGUUCACGCGGGGAUUUCCCCUUCUGACGACGCCCCAAGGGGAGCUUCGAGCUCCUCCCGCCCGAGUGACGAUUGUGCCUCCCCCCCCCCUCCCCGUGAAGUGAUGGCGCGGUGGCGUCGAAGCGGUCGGAGACUGCGGACACUUUAGUGGUGCCGACGCGACCCUAGUGCGUGCGACGCUCGCUUGCGGCUAAGAAACCUCGUGACGACUUCUUGUACAGUGCCUCAUGGACCUUGCGCUGGUGUGACGGAGCCUCGGGGCCUCCGCCUCGAGCGCCCGUCACAGCGCCCACUCAUAAACCUCAUGACCGUCUUCGUGACGACGACGUCUCCGGUGCUCCUGCGACCGUCCUCGAACCGUUUCCAGAACUCUUCACGAACGCCUCUGGGGUCACAGCGAAGGCCCGUGACUCCGCCGGCGCUGAUGACAGGCGCUCGGUGACCCCGGAAGGAAUCGUGGCGACACAAGUGGUAUCCAAAACUGUCAAGUCGUGAAGACCUUUUUUUCGUAAACGUUUUGCGGAUCCUCGUGACCAAUGUCCAAGCAACUCGUCUUGGAUCUUAUGAGGCUCUCUCGAAUGUUCAGGUAUGAUGUAUUUUAUAUCCAAAGGCUUUUUGAACGUUCACUCCGAUGCAGGCGGCCGCGCGCGGAGUGAGGCAGCCACCACGGGCUUCACUUCCGCGGCCGCGAACACCCACUGACGACGCAUAUCCUCCUCAAUCUCCUGGGACGUUCUUCGACUAUGCAUAUCCCUCAUUAGCUCGAGAAUUCACAGAUAAGGCAUAUCCAGUACCUCCAAGCACUCCUUAGACAGAAUGGUGCAUACCUGGUGCUUCCACGGACGUUCGUUGCUCGAAGGAAAAGGAAGAACGUGCACCCAGCGGCCGCGCUGACGAUCCAGCAAUCCGGUGUUUCUACGAACGUUCGCGCAGGACUUUGACAGAAUGCUCUAUGUUUAACGAACGUUCGGUAACGAUGCAUAUCUGGCUCUCUGCUGUCCGUUAUCGCUUACUGGCGGUCCUUGUCUGCCUCCGGUACCUCAACCAACGACCAAUUUGAUGCUGUGUUUUGUCGACGCGCCAUCUCCCGGAGCGUUUGCCGAUGGAUCCGGGUCUCUCGUCAUGGCGCAUUCAGUAUCCGUAUCUCAGUGUUUACUGUAAUGUAUUCAUCCUCCGGUACUUAUAAGAGCGCUUGUUUGUGUGUUAUAUGCGGCAUCAGCUAUCAUCACAGCGUUCUCCGUUGACGAACGCGGUAUCCAGCGUCAGUUAAAAGCGAAAAUGUGAAUCCGCGGUGGACUGGAUAUCCGCUCACCCUUACGCGAACGCAAUGUAUAACUUUACUAUUUACUGCAUAUUCUCAGUGUAAAACGGAAGAAAAGAUUGUGGAAUACACAUAUGUUUUUAAACUCCUCUCUACCCUCCCCCCCCCCUUCAAAAAAUAAAUAAUGGAUGAUGUGUUUAUAGAGAAAGAGAUAAAUAGUUUUUAUGUGACGUAGACUUUUAAAAAAAAGGGAAUCCGAUUAUUUUGUACUAGAGUUGGGGAGAGGCUUGGGUCUCUCUCCUCGGGGAAUCUGCCUUAAGGAGUCAACACAUUUCCUCUUUAAAGCCCCGACUGUAUAUUUAUCUUUUUUUUAAAUAUAUGUAUCUCCCUUUUUUCUCUCUCACUUUUUUUAGCGGAACCAGUAGUUGUGUUUUUUUGUUUCUUUUGUGUUUUAUUUUUCAGUCCUUGUUUAUUUUUUUUUUUUCAUUUCCUGCGGCCAUGUUGCUUGUGAGAGCUUGUAUACUGCCUUAUAUAUGAGCGCUUCUGUAUAAAAGAUAAUAAUGGCCCCGGUGUUUAUAUAACUGUAUAGAUUGUAGCAGAUUUUUAUAGUCCACAGGGCAGCGGAAGAUCGUGAUCUCUAAUAAUGACAAAGUUCAUUGUGUGUUUUUUUUUCGAAUCGAUUUCUAUGUUGAUCAAUUUCUUUUGCGGGUUUUCUUUAGUGAUUGACGUCACUGUUAUGACGUCAUGGGCAGGUCGUGACGUAAGAUAGUGAAAAAAAAAGAGUUUUCAAUGUUGAGAUCAAAUUUCUCUCUAUAUGUGAAUAUCAAUUUAAUUUUUUUAAAGAAUGAUAAUAAUAAGAAGAAAUGAAUUAGGACGGAAUACCAAAUGUCAGAAUGUUUAUCUGAUGAAUUCUUACGUCACGACUUCGCUGAGGCCUCGCAGUCUAAAUCUAUUUUUCUGAUAAUACUCACACUUGUUUCUGUUGCAUCCCUCAGCUCUCAAACUUCUACAAUACCUGAUAUCGAUGUAGAAAGCUGUGAUAUUUUUGUACAUUUGUAUUCAGUGUUGUGCAAUGUAUAUAUGUAAGUAUUUAUUGAUGUUAAACCUUAGCAUCAUUGACGCCAUUAUUAUUAUGAUUCCGCUAAGGGGGGCGCGAGGAUCGGUGGGUUAAGGGAGGACUAAAAGAAAAAUGAUUUUUUUUUUAAUCAACUUGGAAAAUAUAUAUCUAUAUAUAUAUAUAUAACUAUAUAAAUCUCGUGACAAGAUUUUUUUUUCUAAAGUUCUCUCAUAGGGAAGAGAAAAGUAGAUAAUCCCCCACACACAAAAUGUAGAAAACAAAAGAAGAAAAAAUAAAACACCAAUUUUCAGGCAAGCUAUGUGAAAGAAAACGGGAAGUGUCCGUUUUCUCUCUCCACGAGGAUAAAAAAAAGAGACAAUUCCUCGAUAAAUAAAGAAAAUAGACAAAAAGCAAACGAGAGAAAGGAAGAAAAAUACACUUGAGAGUAAAACAAGACUAAAAUCCGCCACGAAAGGGCUGUGAUAUUGUCGAAAAUACCAGGAUAUUAAAGGGGCCACAAUGACACGGUUGCCGAUUGCUCCUUUUUUCUCAUGAUUUUUUUGUUCUUUCGCAGUCUGUCUGUCUGCUUUUGAUUUUUUCUUUUUGAUUUUUUUUUUCUUUGUUUCGUUUUUUUUUUUCUCUAAUGAUCUAACAGGCGACACACAUCUGUACAAAACGAGAGGAAGAAGAAGAAGAAGAUUAACGUGUAUAUUUUUGGUAUUUUCGAGCGAGAUUUAAAGCAUGCCUUGUUGGGAAACAUCUCGAAAAGACAAUAAAGAUUUAUUCGGAUAUA